AUACAGGAAGAACGAAGAUACGCAAUUUUUCCAAGCGUCGAAAUAUUGCUAAUGGGUGGACACACUGCAAUGAAUUCGUAGAAUCGUUACCGUACGUAUUCCAUGAUUGAAUCGUAUAAUAGGAACUUGCGGAUAUUCAAAGAUAGUCAUGAAUUCUGGCAGUGUAGAACGCCGAAAUAGCAUUGAAAUAACAAACGCUAUGUGCGCCAUCUUAGUACGCGCCAUCUGGAUAGCGCCGUAGAAAAGUUAUGGUGCCUCACUGCGGAAUUGGAUACGGAACUGAUUUACUCAAAUGUUUGAAAUUCUUAACCUCAAACCUGAGUUAAAAUGAGUGUCUCUGAGGAGAAUACUGUAUAUCUCCCCUAUGGGGAUGUGGAAGCGGAGGAUCCUGCUAAAGGUAAAUUGGAUGAAGCUUGUAUCUAUGCUGGCGAUGAGAAAAUGCAAGAGAAUGACACUGUGGAGCCUGAAGUUAAAAAUUCUACCAAAGAUGGUAAAUCUCAGUCAACCCAGGAGAAUUCAACUGUCUCAGGACAAUCAAACCGAGAGAAAUGCAAACCCUUGGGCAAGAAUUCACCGUCACCUAUAAGCGGUUCGGACGCAUCAAUACAGCCAAGUUUGCAAAGCGAUUCCUUAUCGAAGAAUACUUCAUCGAAAGUGCUAUCUGCUAAACAAGUAAAUGUUGCACAGACAUCGAGCACCAAGAAUCUAGGUCGUAGACGAGAAUCACAAGCUGAUUACAGUAAAGCUUCAAGUUCGAUGUCUCCAGGACGUUCUGCUAAUGUUACUGUACCCAAUAAUGUGGAAAAGAUAACAUCACGACGGAAUUCUAAGGUAAAUAACGCCCAAACUGAAACUGCAAAUCUAGAAUUACAUCAUAGUGGAGAUCAAGAGAAAUUAUUAAGUUCCAACGACAAUAUUAAUCUUAUACCACAAGAGAAGAUUUCUGCAAUUAAAACAAAUAAAUUAACAACUAUCUCUCAAGAGAAAUCAGUCUGUCAAAUAAAAAAUAUAAAUGAUUUGAAGAAGGCAACACCACGAGUCAAAUUCCUUACGGAUGAGCCUAAGAGCUUGACUGAAUUCAGGAAGUUACAUUCAUCUAACACAACAAACCCACCUACGCAUUCAAUCAAAAAAACAGUACAAACUAAAGCAUUGAUACUGGAAGAAACUAGACAACAAUUAAAGAAGUACUGUCGCACAUGCGCCGGUUUGAAAUUACCUCUCGUGGAUAUAUUCAGUAAAAAGGGCAUGCAGAUGCGACUGAAUCAGCAAAUGAAGCAUUUGGAAGUAAUUAAUGAGCAAGAUAGCUUAUCAACGCAGAUGUGCAUGGAUUGCAUAUGUGAUUUAAAGAUGAGUUACAAAUUUUUCAUGCAAAUUAAAAAGGCUGAGGUUAAACUUAAAUCAAUUUACAUAAGUCUAGCCGAUGCAAAUGCUAAUGAAAUAAAGUCUAGAAAUUUGAAUGCCGAUAAAAUACCAAUAUCGGCACCAUCUUGUACCAUCAAGGAAGAUCCUGAUAGAAGUACAGAAUCAUUAAGAGACUUACUCUCCGGUGCUAACGAAGUUGACCUGGACGAAAGUAUACCAAAAAUAUCAGCUAUAUUCUCCCUGCAAGACUUACAAGAAACCCCCAAGUCAAGUGACGAUAUGAAUUUUGAAAUAAAUAUAAAAACCGAACCGGAAGAGCACGAAGACUACCCACCAUUCAAUCAAAGCGACGACAACGACUCUAUAGAAGAGUUUGACCCAGAGGAUCCACCUUUUCAAGUUGACAGCUCAGAUACCGGCGAAUCUGAGGAUGAACUGGAGAGUCGUAGAUUACAGAAUUUCAGAAAUUCUCAAAUUGUACAAACACAACAAACUACAGAAUUGGCAGCUUCCAUCGGCAAGUCUAAUGCAUCUUCAAGCAACCCACCUGGACAAGAUUUUAAAAAGGAUAACAAACCGAUGAUCUACAAGUAUGAUACUCUUUAUAAAUCCUACGUCAAGGUGGAUACUUUGGAAAAAGACGAAGCUCAGUCCAAUACAACUGACACUUUGAAGAGCAAAAACGAUAGUGAAAAUCAUGGACAUGUAAGAGAAGGACAGACACAACCUAACAUCUUGAAGAGGAAGUUACCACUUCUAAUAAAAAAGGAACCGCACGCUGAUACAGACAUCAGUAGCGAUGCUCUGGAUAUUCUGAACUCUUGUGGUGGUCUGAAGGAUUCAAAGAUGCAAAAAUUAAAUGUACAAAAUGCUCUGAACAUUGGAUCUCCCGAAGAGGAAGGAAUAAUGUACGUGACGGUGAAGGGAUCAAAGCCAAAUGAAUUGCUUCUUGUAAAAGUGAAGAAGAUGGACAAAAAUAUUGAUAAGAAAGAUGAAAAGUCUUUCGGUAAGAAAACCGUGGACGUUAAGCCCGUGGAUAAGAUUUUAAAGAAAUACGAACAUUUUACUGGUAAGGAGAGAGAAUUGUUUCCUGAGAGAUUUAAAAAACCUGAUAUAAGGGAACAAAUCAUUGAAGAGCAGAUCGAAGAGUACAAGAAGAAGCGCGAGAAGGUUUUGGGCGGUACUGCUGUGGGGUUUCCAAACGCCCUGAAACUUGAAGAUGGUCAAGUGCGUUUUGUUAAGCAAAAUGAUAAUCAGAUUCUUCGGCGUUCUUUGUCCACUGAUAGUAAUUUGAUGAUAAAGAAAGAUUCUGUCAAGGGAAACGAGGUUAAGAAACCUGAUGAAGUGGAUCUAAAGGAUGUGCUUGAGUUAACAAGAACUUUGGAAGACAAGAGUCCAGAUGAUAAGACUUACGUUAAUACGGAGGAGUAUCUGUCGCGUUUAGCAAAAUUGAAACAAAAGUGGGAAGAAGCAAAGAAGAAGAAGGAAUCACUUCAAAAAGAACUUGAUCAAUCAUACACCGAAGGCAAUAUGGAGAAACUUGCAAGGAUUCUGGGUGAACGUGAACAAAAUCUACAGGACUUUCAAGAUUACUUGAAACAAAGGAAAAUUGUUAUCACGAGGCUUAAGGAUGAGGAUAUCAUUUCACUUUACGAGGAUAGAAAUAAUACUACUCUGAAGAAGAGUCUUCCUGAUUUAAUAGAUGAGACCCAACCGGUGGAUUAUAUACCAGAAGAGAAUUUUCUGGAGUGUGAUUAUUGUCCUGAAGCAUUUGCUACGAAAGAAGCAUUGGAGGAACAUUUGAAGAGCCACGACUAUAAAAUAAUGCACUAUUGUGAAGAUUGCAUGGAAGAAUUCCCAACAAAUAAAGCAAAGAGGAAUCAUAACAUAUCUUGCUUGAAAAAGCUUAUCUGUAAGUAUUGUGACUUCAUGCUGGAUUCCAAAGGGAAGAAGAGACAGCACGAACAAAAACAUUGUGACAGCAUGGAUGGACAGUUAUGUGACGUUUGUGGUGAAAAAUUCAAGCAUCAAGGUACCCUGGAUCAACAUAUAAAAACUCAACACAUGAGUUGGGAGAAGAUUUUUCAAUGUCCCAAGUGUCCCAAAAAGUUUGCAUUUAAACAGAAAUUAAGUUUUCAUUUAAAAUCGGUGCACACUACUUUGCGUGCUUACUUGUGUGAGGAUUGCGGAGCAGACUUUAAGAAUCCUGCUAGUCUGAGACAUCACAGAAUACGAAAACAUCAGCCUGUGGGUAAUAAACGUGAGUGUCCGGUAUGUCACAAGUUAGUACCAUUUUACAGUCUGUCGAAGCACAUGCAUACUCACAAAGCUUACACAAUACAGUGUCCGCACUGUGAUAAAAUGUUCAAAAAUAGUUCCACCUUAAAGCAGCACGUAAGAAUACAUGAAGAUCAAAGACAAUUCAGAUGUGACACCUGUGGUGUUGGAUUUAACAGAAGGGAUGGCUUGAGAUUGCACAUGCGAGUCCAUGAGAAGACAGACAGCAGAGGCCUGAAGGAGUGUUCUUGUCAGGUAUGCGGAGAAAAGUUCCCUAACCACUCCAUGCUUGUCAUCCACAGGAACAGAGUGCACAAGGAUGGCAGGCAAUAUACCUGUCAUAUAUGUAACAGAUCUAUGAUUUCUACGAGAUCACUGGAAUGGCAUAUGUCUCAUAUUCACAACGAGUCACUACCAGGAACACAAAAAGUUGAUGGUGAAAUCGGAUCUGAAAAAAAAAGGGUGACCUGCUGUCACUGUAACAAGACCUUCAAGACAGAAAUGAUCCUAAGGACACAUAUUAAGAAUACACAUAUGGAAAAGGACCCACUGAAAUGUACAGAUUGUGAAGAGACAUUCACAUCUGAUAUAAGAUUGAGGCAUCAUAUGAUGGUUAUUCAUAAUAGACUCGAAGGCACUUUAGAAUGUCCACAUUGUCCUAAAAGGUUUGUUAAUCAUCUUAGACUGAAAACUCACAUGAUAUCCCACUCCGAGGAAAGACCUUACACUUGUGAGAUAUGUGGAUUUAAUCUAAAAACUAAAAUACAGUUGAUCAAGCACCAUCAGAAUAGGCACAGCGAUGAGAGACCCUUACAAUGCAGAUACUGUCCUUGGAGGUGUAAACAAGUUAGUGCCCUGGUCUGUCAUGAAAGAACUCAUACGAAUGAACGGCCCUACUCUUGCAGUGUAUGUAGACAACGAUUCAAAUACCUGGGUGACAAGAACAAACAUGAGAGACGACACGAAAGUCUUGGUGGUUCAGGUUUCAAGAGAAUAGUGGCUGGCAGAAAUAUUAAACAAAUAAAAGUUCAAGAGGAAGAGACAUCCUCUUCGCAAGACCCAGAAGAUUUUGAUCAGGGUCAGCCAUCGUUGCAUACGGAAGAGGAAUAUAGUUCAAAGUUCGAUGAUGACCAAAUAAUCAAGUAUGAAGCACAGGAUAUCGAAGAAGAAUCCUAUGAGCAGAGUUACGACCCGGAAUACGAAGAGACUUCAAGGGAGGCCUCUGACGCAGCUGAAGUAAUAAUGAGUAUGGAAGAUACAACAGUGUACACAGAAGAAGUAACAGCGGACAAUAUUGAAACUGCUGAGAUGAUAGCCGAUGAAAUGAUGACAAGUCAAAUUCUACAAUCAGGUACCGUAGUUCAUUUACAACAGCAGGAUGAUUCAGGAAAGAUUCAGGUAAUACCUGUAAUGUUAUCGUUGCCUGAUUUGACCGAUAGCAAUGCAGAGGUUAAUCUGGCAACUGCUUCAAUCAUGUAUAAUAAUUGAACACAGUUGAAUUGUCACAAUGUUGUAAAUUUCUGUGUCACACGUGAAAGAACUAGAACUCUUGAGAGUGAAGUGUAUUAAAAAAUUUGAACUUGCCGAAGCUCCCAGUUUUACAAAGGAAGAGUUUAAUUACAUUCCUCUAAUGAAUGAGAUCAGAGCCGUAUCUAACUUUGCCCCGGAAGAGUUUUAUGUGCGUUGGUAUACUUAAUCUUGAAGAACUGAUAAAAGAAAUAGGAUGAGGUCACUAAAGAAGUAUAUACGAAUAAUUGUAAUAUACAAACUAAACGAAGUGUGUUGCACUUUGAUAAUUCUAUUCGAGCCACAUUCUGUCAAUGUGUUCUAUAAGGAUCACUCGAUGAAUAUAUUUGAUUCUCAACAUGUUAAUUGUACCUCAAAGGUAUUUGCCUGGGACAUUUGUCAAUAGAAAUUGCAUACCAGAAAAAUAAAAUGAGAACUGAGAUAUCAGCAAUGAGGAGAACCUUCUAAUCGUGAAGCUAAUUGACAGUUACUUGGAGAAGGGUAACCUAUAAAUUAUUCAUUAGAACAUAAGUCGUUUGACUGUGCGCAGUAAGACGUUUGUAAAUUGAAGGAUUUCUUGAAAAGCAUAGAGAAAAUUACAUUAGACCAUAAAAUGGGAUCCUGAUAGACUCAUUUAGUUUAGUCUUUGUAAUAUUUUUCCUGUUUGGAAUCCUUGAUCAAUUAUUUGCAUAGGGAGGUGCAACGUACUUCUGUACGAUAUACAAGAUAGCACAUUUAUAUAUAUAGAAGUUUAUAACUUUCUUUCUAAUCAUGGAUUUCUCUUUGCUUGAUUGUCAUAAAUGAUACUUCUUUCUAUUUUCUUUCCUUGGAUAUUUGAAACGAGAAUUAUAAUGCAAGUUUGCAUACAUGCAUAUAAUUGAUCCUGAUAUCAGGUUGUCUUUAUACUUAAGUUCUGUUAAUGACAAUAGUCCACAUAGUAAAAUAAUAUUUUUUUUGUUAUUAUGCCUUGGCAAAUAUCAAUAGUUUACGGACUAAAGAGAAUUGCCUGUUAAACAAUUCGAUGUACAUUAGGAUAAACUUUAUGUACUUGUAAAGAGAAUAUGCUGCUGUGGCAUUAAUAAUUAUAGUGAAUUAUGCAUACAUACAUACAUACUUCUUGUUCUAUUUUAUUAGAUAACGUUUGUCUUUCUUUUCUUUCUCUUAUCUUUUUUUAAUCUGUACUCCAUCAGCACUGUAUUGCGCCAAUAAAAUAUUUUAAAUAUCA